AUGAACUGUGAGCAGGACUUUGGAGACGGGGGCCUGGGUGUGACCCUCACACUCCGACUGCUCAUGCACGGCAAGGAGGUUGGCAGUAUCAUAGGCAAGAAAGGUGAGACGGUGAAAAGAAUACGGGAGGAGAGCAGUGCACGAGUCAACAUUUCAGAGGGAUCAUGUCCAGAGAGGAUCAUCACCAUCACCGGCUCUACAGACUGUGUCUUCAGGGCAUUCACCAUGAUCACAAACAAACUGGAAGAGGACCUCACCACACUGGUGGCCAACGGCACCAUCAGCAACAAGCCACCAGUAACCCUACGACUGGUCAUUCCAGCCAGCCAGUGUGGCUCCCUCAUCGGCAAGGGAGGGGCAAAGAUCAAGGAGAUCAGAGAGAGCACGCGAGCACAGAUACAAGUGGCAGGAGAUUUGCUGCCCAACUCUACUGAGCGAGGGGUGACGAUAUUGGGGAGUCAAGACUCGGUAAUCCAGUGUGUCAAGCUGAUCUGCACAGUAAUCCUGGAGUCUCCCCCGAAGGGUGCUACCAUUCCCUACCGGCCCAGCCCCUCCCCAGGAGCCCUCCUCAUCUCUGGCAACCAAGUGUUUGAGGCGUCAGACUUUUCCCCCCACCCUCUGUACUCUCUCUCCCAGGGCGGUCUUGACCUGCAUCAGGCCUACACUGUACAAAACCAAUAUGGCAUUCCACAUACAGAGUUGGCCAAGCUACAUCAGCUAUCCAUGCAGCAGAACAUGCAGCAGAGUCCCAUGUGCCAGCAGACUACAACCGUUCUUCCUGGAAUGGACUCAAACUCCCAGACAUCGCAGGAGCUCCUUAUUCAAAACGACCUGAUAGGCUCGAUCAUUGGCCGGCAGGGCACUAAGAUCAAUGAGAUCAGGCAGGUGUCGGGGGCUCAGAUAAAGAUCGGCAGCCAGCUGGACGGAACCAAUGACCGACACGUCACCAUCACUGGCACACCAGUCAGCAUCAACCUGGCCCAGUACCUCAUCACCUCCUGUUUAGAGACAGCUAAAUCCACGGCCCAGGCAGCCUCCAUGGCCACCCCCAACACGUCUGACCUCAAUAUGGUCUUCACACAUCCCGCUUCCCCGGCCUCCUCCCCCCACACCGCCUCCACCCUGGCAGCCAUGGGUACCCUCUCCCCCAUGGGCCACCCCUACAGCGCCCUGCCCUUCUCCAGUCUGUUAGGGGUCAAGUCUGUCCCCUUCCUGACUCUCUCCAGCCCCGCCCCCCAGGUCGCUGUCACCGCAGCCCCUUCCCACGCCUCCCUGGCAGCCUACACUACCAAAAUCUCCUCGGCCAACUGCAUCAAGAAACCCGACAGGCAGAAGUUUGCACCCUACUGAUGCUACAUGC